CUCCUUCAUCCUUGUAAACAAACACAUUGAGCAUGCGUACGACACUGGCGUAAUGGAGGUCUAUCUUCCUUGACCACGGUGAUUUGUUAACAAAUCGUCUUCUGUUUUUAAAGAUUUGGAGCGAGCAUUCAGUCAUUACUUGGUUGGCUUUUUGUUUGCAGAUCAGAGCAACUCUUCUUUGAGGAUGGCGACAGACACUGCGUCCCAGCAGACUCCUGGCUCCAGGAUUAUGACCUUUCACCCUACCAAGGAAGAGUUUAAGGACUUCAGCCGUUACAUCGCCUACAUGGAGUCACAGGGAGCACACCUAGCUGGAAUGGCUAAGGUUAUUCCACCAAAAGACUGGAAGCCUAGACAUACUUAUGACAUAGAUGACCUGGUGAUCCCUGCUCCUAUACAGCAGGUGGUGACUGGCCAGUCAGGUCUCUUCACACAGUACAACAUCCAAAAGAAACCCAUGACUGUCCGAGAGUUCCGCAAGACUGCCAACACAGACAAGUUCUGUAAUCCCCGCUAUGUGGAUUUUGAGGAGCUGGAGAGAAAGUUCUGGAAGAACCUGACUUUUAACCCGCCUCUCUAUGGAGCAGAUAUCAACGGAACCCUCUACGACCCAGAUGUGACAGAGUGGAACAUUGGUCAUCUGAACACUAUCCUGGACACUGUGGAGAGGGAGAGUGGGAUCAAGAUAAAGGGAGUGAACACUCCUUACCUAUAUUUUGGCAUGUGGAAAAGCACCUUUGCCUGGCACACUGAAGAUAUGGAUCUCUACAGCAUCAACUACCUGCACUUUGGAGAGCCCAAGUCCUGGUAUGUUGUUCCCCCUGAACAUGGGAAGAGAUUGGAACGUCUUGCUAAAGGGUUCUUUCCUGGGAGUGCUCAGAGCUGUGAAGCUUUCCUGCGGCAUAAGAUGACUCUUAUCUCACCCUCCAUCCUGAAGAAAUAUGGCAUACCGUUUGAAAAGAUAACCCAGGAGGCAGGCCAGUUCAUAGUGACCUUCCCAUUCGGUUACCACGCUGGUUUCAACCAUGGCUUCAACUGUGCUGAAUCCACUAACUUUGCCACACAGCGAUGGAUCGAUUAUGGCAAAAUAGCCACACUGUGCUCGUGUCGUAAGGACAUGGUGAAGAUCUCCAUGGAGAUAUUUGUGAGGAAGUUCCAACCAGACCGCUACAAGGCCUGGAAGGCAGGGAAGGACAACACUCCUAUUGACCACUCCAAGCCCACGCCAGAGGCUGCUGACUUCCUGAAGACAGGGGAGCCUGGGAAGGAGGGUCCAAGCCGCAGCGAGGCCCCUGACCAGGAGAAUACCCCAUGCACCACCACUCAGGAGGAGAAGAGCCCGAAGGUUGGGAAAAAGCGCCAGCGAGGAGGAGCUGUGGAGGCAGCAGAGGAUGGAGACACUGAGCAGGUUGAUGAAGAGGAGGAGGAGGAGGAGGAGAGAGAGGUGGACCAGAAGAAAGCAAAGCUUGUCCAGGAGGAGAAGGGACACAGUCUGGCACACAAAGUGCUAAAGGCAGAGGAUGUUAAAAAAGAGCGAACAAAGCCACCACUCAACGCAAAGACCAACCGAAACACAAACGCCAGCCGAAAGCUAGCACUUCAGAUGAAAGCCAAAAUCUCUCUUAAAUCCACUCCAAUUAAGUCUCAGCCACAGACUAACAGUCAGUCAACCCAACCAGCGGCCCCAGAACCCUCCCCACAGAGCUCAGAGAAGGCCGGCCCCAGUGAGGAUGUGAAGCCUCCAGCCAGCAGCUCCAGCCCUGUCCACCCAGCCAGCAGCUCCAGCCCUGUCCACCCAGCCAGCAGCUCCAGCCCUGUCCACCCAGCCAGCAGCUCCAGCCCUGUCCACCCAGCCAGCAGCUCCAGCCCUGUCCACCCAGCCAGCAGCUCCAGCCCUGUCCACCCAGCCAGCAGCUCCAGCCCUGUCCACCCAGCCAGCAGCUCCAGCCCUGUCCACCCAGCUAGCAGCUCCAGCCCUGUCCACCCAGCCAGCAGCUCCAGCCCUUCCCACCCAGCCAGCAGCUCCAGCCCUUCCCACCCAGCCAGCAGCUCCAGCCCUUCCCACCCAGCCAGCAGCUCCAGCCCUUCCCACCCAGCCAGCAGCUCCAGCCCUUCCCACCCAGCCAGCAGCUCCAGCCCUUCCCACCCAGCCAGCAGCUCCAGCCCUUCCCACCCAGCCAGCAGCUCCAGCCCUGUCCACCAGCUCUUUCAGAGGACCCUGUGCCCUGCAGACGUGCUGCACGUCCACAGCUACGCCAAGGGAGACUACGGCGAGGGAGAGACCAGGGAGGGCAAGGAGGAGAGGUGGAACGAUAGUAGUGAUAGUGAAGGAGAGGAACUGGAUGACAGCAAGAGGGCAGAAGAUGGAGAGGAUGAUGGCGCUGUGCCCAGAAAACAGGGGACGUUGCCUUGUCACCAGCGUCUGAUUAAAGACAACAUGAGUGACGAGGAGCUGCCAGAGCAGCCCCCAGUAGACGAGGAUGGGCUAGAGGGAGAGUCGUGGGCCAAGCCCCUGGCCCACCUGUGGCAGAACAGACCCCCCAACCUGAAGAAAGAGAAGGAGUACAACCGUUGCAUGGGCCUCCAGGCCCCAUACUGCUCUGUGUGCUCACUCUUCCAGGCAUUCCAGCAGGCGGAGUGUGCUGAUGACGGUACGGACCCUCCAGUGGUGCUGCCUGGAGGCAGGCUGAGAACCAAGCCUCUGAUCCCUGAGAUGUGUUUCACCACCACCACGGAGCCAGAGGAGGGCGCUGAGGAGAAGGAACCUGCCCCUCCGGCCCCCACCACCCCUCACCUGGAGCCAGACGGCACCAGCCUGCUCAUCAGCUGCUCCCACUGCAGCGUCCGCGUACACACCAGCUGUUAUGGCGUGGAUCCAGAGAGUGUGACUAAGGACUGGAAGUGUGCUCGCUGUAAGGCCAAUUCCAUGACUGAGAGUUGCUGUUUGUGUUUGUUGAGGGGGGGUGCCUUGCAGAAAGCCAACAACAACAAGUGGGUCCAUGUGCUGUGUGCAGUAGCAGUGUUGGAGGCUCGCUUUGUGAACAUCACUGAGAGAAGCCCUGUGGAUCUGAGUGGGAUUCCUCUACAGAGGUUUAAACUGAAAUGUUACUACUGUAAGAAGCGGAUGAAGAAGACAUCCGGGUGCUGUGUGCAGUGUUCCCAUGGCCGCUGUCCUACGGCCUACCACCCUACUUGUGCCCAGGCCGCUGGGAUCCUCAUGCAGCCAGACGAGUGGCCCUUUGUGGUCUACGUCACCUGCUGCCGGCACAAGGGCCCUAUUCCGACAGAGCGUAACAAAGCAGCCAUGCAUGAGCUCACCGUGGGAAGGAGGGUGAUCUGUAAGCACAAAAAUGGCCGCUACUACCAGUGUGACGUGGUGCAGCUGUCCAAGGAGACGUUCUAUGAGGUCAAUUUUGAUGACGGCUCCUUCAGUGAUAACCUCUUUCCCGAGGACAUCGUGGGCCGGGACUGUGCCCAGAUAGGCCCCCCUCCACAGGGGGAGAUGGUGCAGGUCCGCUGGACAGAUGGUCUGGUCUACGGGGCCAAGUUUGUGGCUGCUCACAUCAUCCAAAUGUACCAGGUGGAGUUUGAAGACGGGUCACAACUAACAGCCAAGAGAGAUGAUGUCUAUACCCUGGAUGAGGAGCUGCCUAAGAGAGUCAAGUCAAGACUGUCCAAGGCGUCAGACAUGCGUUUCGAUGGGAUCUUUGAGGACAAGGAGGCCAUCCAGCAGUCGAAGAGGCAGAGAGUGAUCAACUCACGGUACAGAGGGGACUACGUUGAACCUGUGAUCUACAGAGCCAUCAUGGAGUAGCCUGCCAACUACAGCAUGGAGUAGCCUACUCUUCCAACAAACCACCAGCACUGAUAUUCCUGAUCUGGACUUCUCACUUUACCUGAAUUUAUCCACUGACUGAGUGAGUGUAGCUCUGACUAAAGGACUUCCUCUGAAAAUAACUUUCCAACCCCUAGUUUGGACUGUUUUCUUUUUUCUUACGUUCAUCCCUUCAUAAUUUACAGCAUUAUGCGCCAGUUUCCCGGACACUGAUUAAGCCUAGUCUUGGACUGAAAAGCCCUUUCAUUGGAUAUGCUUUUUAUGCUACGCUUAACCUGUCCUGGAAACCGGACCCAAUUGUUAUUACUUUUAUGUUUUUUUUGACUGUGAUCAAGGAUUGAAGAUCAGGCCACCUUCUCCACUCGGUUAUAGGUUAUAGAAGCCGGGAAGAAACUGCCAUCCAUGUCACCUUUUAUGCCAUCCUGCUAGUGCCCAGUAGCUGUAACUCGUCUCUUGAAUGGAAGCGAUUUUGGACCAUGAAUUUUGCUUCCAAACAAGAUGUAGCUUUCUAAUAAUAAUAGUAACAAUCCACUCAAUAGAACUGUGGCAGGAAUGACUUCCUGAAGGGAGUGAAGCAGACAAGUUGCUGCCACUCAUCCUCAUAAACACUGAUUACAGUGUUUUCUGACUUGCAAUUUCACUGAAUGUUGCCAGUUGUUCCUUUAUGUACAUCUAUUUAUUUUCCUAUGUCGUUUUUCAGGGUGCUACUUGCACCUAUGUUUGAUUUUAAGGAGGUGCAAUGCCAUUUUAGUAACUAAUACCACCUCCUCUUAGCAGAGUCACACUGUUGACUGCAUUCCUAAACAUUAUAUUUUGUAGGAACGCGUUGAAUAUAGCUUUUUCCAUUUUUAGAGUUGUUUUUUACCAGUGUAUUUAUUAUACUGUGCUUGAAGAAAGUAACCUCUGCAAUGCAGACAAUUUGUCAGUUGCAAUGGUGAAGAGGUUCUGGACUGAUUCUGAUCGAUGUUCUAUUUUUGCUAUAUAGAUGAAUUGGAAAUAACCCAUUCAGAAUUGCUAUGGGCGCUCCCUUUUUAUCCAAGUUGGUUCUUUACUCUUUAAAUGAACAUUGUGCGUUGCACUUUUAUUCAAGCCCAUUUUGAGAGGACAGUUUAAUAGUUGUGUGCUACCAUUUGCUAUUUUUGUAAAAAAAAAAAAAUUAAAUAAUAUUGUACAUUUUAUAAGAUCUUAUGCAUUGUGUCCCACCACGCUUCUCCACUCGGCCAUGAUCAUCAACCAUAAUGCACUUAUUAAUUAAGGAUAAGGUGGCCUUCAGAUUGUCUGUUAUAUUCCUCUAAACUGCUGUUAUCUUGAGUAUAGGGAUGCCACAUUCUGGUAACUUUCCCAGGUUUUCCAGAAAUCCUGGCUGAAAUUUCCCUGCAAUCAGGAUGAAAUAAGCAGGAAAUCCGUAAGUCCUUUUUAAAUAAGAUUUCUGGGAAUUUUGAGAGUUUUCUGAAUUUUGCAACCCUACUUGAGUGUGAGUGACACCUAAUAUAUGAGUUAGGAAGCUAUAGAGGCUCACAGAAGUACCACUAAGCAAGGGGUUUAUAUCAUCAGCAUUCAACAGUAUGGAAAUACUUAUGAUGACUUAUAAUACAUGGGGGGGAAAUACAGGUUUUCUAUCAAAAAGCCUAUUUUAUUGCUUUGUUUUAUAAUGAUACACAUUACAUUCACAGUCGGGAAGACACUGAGAUGUAAUUCUAAUAAGUAGUUUAUUUAAAGAUAUAAGCCGUUGACGCAAGGGAUCUUGUUUGUGCCCCAAAUGGCAGCAUAUUCCCUAUAUUGUGCUCUACCUUUGACCAGGGACCUGGUCAAAAGUAGUGCACUAUAUAGGGAAUGGGGUGCCAUUUGGGACUGAUCCCUGGCCUGUUCAUGUGACCUUUUUUCCUUUCUGUGAAAAAUGUACUACCAUUCAUGCAUUUUGUAAAGAUGAUAAUUUUGUUUCAGUAAAAACAUUUUUGGCUUGCAUAUUGUCAUUUAUUGGUGUUGAUCUUUGUUUCAUGUUUAAAUGUUUUUAUGAUAUUUAUGACUGCUAAACAGUUCAUGAUCUUAUGACUGAUUAAACAAUGUUUGACAUAUAUUUAUGACAAUGACUGAAGGUUGUAGUAACAGUGUAGUGUAAUAACUUAGUCUUUACAAGACCCCACUGCAUACCUCAAUGACAGUAGUAGUAUCUAACUCCAUAGCAAGUAAAUUGUCAGCUAAACGGUGCUGUCCUUGAAGUUCAGUGUUGGGGAGUAGUGAACUACAUGUAGUUCAACUAAUAAUUAAACAUUUUACAGUAGCUUGGUGGUAGUUCAACUAAAUUCAAAUAUGGGUGGUGUUUUCAGUAGUUAGCUUUUUUUGCCAUGUAGCUGUGUAGUUAACUACUGGAACUGCACAGAACUUUUUUUUGCAAAAAUAAAAUAUGGGUUAAGUUGGCAAUAA